UCGAGAUUCGGUCGGACGAGUUGAACGCGGCGGGCGGGUACACGGGCUCCCCGUGGCCGCCGCUGGAACUAGACCCCGUGGGAUGGGGACGAAAGCUGUAUCCUUCGGGAGCGCCAAGAUCUUCAGGCGGGCUGAUGUUCGGCCUGCAUCACCAAGAAGCCGCGGGCGGUCUGCACGCGCAGCCCCGCGGCCCCGUCACCUCGCUCAAGGAGGAACCGCUGACCAGGGCCUGGAUGACACCAACCUCCUUAGUUGAUAAUACCAACAGUGUGGGGGUGGGUCGAGCGCACUUUGAGAAGCAACCACCCAGCAACCUGCGCAAGAGCAACUUCUUUCACUUCGUGGUUGCCCUCUACGAUCGUGCUGGACAACCAGUGGAAAUCGAGAGAACCGCCUUCAUAGGGUUCAUUGAGAAAGAUCAGGAAGUUGAAGGACAAAAGACAAACAAUGGCAUCCAAUACAGGCUUCAAUUACUUUAUGCAAACGGUAUCCGACAAGAACAGGACAUAUUUGUUCGGCUCAUCGACUCCGUCACCAAACAGCCAAUCGUCUAUGAAGGUCAAGACAAGAAUCCAGAAAUGUGCCGAGUUUUAUUAACACACGAAGUUAUGUGCAGUCGGUGUUGUGACAAGAAAAGUUGUGGAAACAGAAACGAAACACCCUCGGAUCCUGUUAUCAUCGACCGGUUUUUCUUAAAGUUCUUCCUAAAAUGCAACCAGAACUGUUUGAAGAAUGCAGGGAAUCCUCGGGACAUGAGAAGGUUUCAGGUGGUAAUAUCAACACAAGUGAUGGUCGACGGUCCUCUCCUAGCGAUAUCCGACAACAUGUUUGUCCACAACAACAGCAAGCACGGCCGAAGGGCGAAGCGGCUAGACCCAAGCGAAGGUACAGACGCCGCGACAGACCCUACUUGUUUAUAUCCGCCAUUGCCAGUAGCUACGCCGUGCAUCAAGGCGAUAUCACCGAGCGAAGGUUGGACGUCAGGAGGAUCGACAGUCAUCAUAGUUGGGGAUAACUUCUUUGACGGACUGCAAGUCGUUUUUGGGACCAUGUUGGUGUGGAGUGAGUUAAUAACAUCACACGCGAUAAGAGUGCAGACGCCGCCGCGACACAUACCCGGCGUUGUGGAAGUCACGCUCUCGUAUAAGAGCAAGCAGUUCUGCAAGGGAGCGCCCGGGAGAUUUGUUUACGUUUCAGCGUUGAACGAGCCGACGAUAGAUUACGGUUUUCAGAGGCUACAGAAACUUAUACCGAGACAUCCUGGUGACCCGGAAAAAUUACCAAAGGAAAUAAUACUAAAACGAGCAGCGGACUUAGCCGAAGCCUUAUACUCGAUGCCUCGGAACAACCAACUCGGUCUUGGCGCGCCUCGCUCGCCGCCUGCAAGCAUGCCCUUCAACUCGUAUACCGGGCAACUGGCUGUUAGUGUGCAAGACACUGCGGCCUCACAGUGGACUGAAGAGGAGUACGCGCGUAGCGGCGGCGGUGGCUCGGUGUCGCCGCGGUACUGCUCGGCCGCGUCCACGCCGCACGCCGCGCCCGCCGCCUACCCGCACCCACAACACUACCCUGCCCCGCCGACGUCACUGUUUAAUACUACGUCACUGUCUCUAGGCCCGUACCAUCCAGCGAACAUGAAUGGACACUUAUCAUCUGACCGUCACUAUAACGCGUAUUAUACGAAAGAUAGCGGACAUUACAGUGAAAGAAAUGGGAAUUCUAAAAGCGUGGAAGACUGUCCGGUAAACAUUCAUACAAAAUGUACGGACGGCGAUAUGAAAGGGGCUCAGAGUAAAGAGACUAAGCUGAGAAGUGCCUUUGCCGUUGUAAGGCAGAGUCCGCCGCGGGUUGCCAAUGAACAUCACCAGAACUGGCACCACCUCGCCGUUCAGUGUUAG